UCCUGGAUUUCCUGGUUCUGCAGCCUGAAGGGCAAUGAGUUCUUUUGCGAGGUGGGGGAGGACUACAUCCAAGAUGACUUCAACCUCAGCGGCCUCAGCUCACAGGUGCCCUACUACGACUAUGCGCUGGACCUGAUCCUGGACAGCGAGAGCCUGCAGAACGAGGUGCUGACGGAGCAGGCGCAGGAGUUUGUGGAGGAGGCGGCGGAGAUACUGUACGGCCUCAUACAUGCGCGGUACAUCCUCACCAGCAGGGGCCUGAGCGCCAUGAUGGAGAAGUUCAAGAGCUGCGACUUUGGGCGCUGCCCGCGCGUCUACUGCAACGGCCAGGCAUGCCUGCCCGUGGGCUUGUCAGACAUCCCGCGCCAGUCCACCGUCAAGCUGUUCUGCCCAAAGUGCGAGGAUGUGUACUACCCGCGCUCCAAGUACCACGGCAACCUGGAUGGCGCAUACUUUGGCACCACCUUUGCCCACCUCUUCCAGCUCACCUACCCGCAGCUGAGGCCAUCCAAGCCCACAGGCACGCUCCCGCCGCGU